ACAAAAUGGCGACGCUCAGUGAAAAUUUUCUGUUCAUCAUUCUGACAGCGUUUUUGCUGUUACAAUCAGGAUACUCAGAUAAAGUAGCUGGAAAAAUAUAUUCUGAUGUAUUGAGCAUUCACCCUUGCGUGAUAUUAACCAAUGCAACCCAUCAGAUAGGCUGUACAUCUUCACUYGGUGGCCAUGUUGGAGUUGUUCAUUAUAUUCAGUCWCAAGAUGAUGUUGAUUGGUUGAUCAAACACAAUGAUGACCAUGCACCAUAUAUACCUCUGUUUACUUCUGAAAUGUUUAAGAAGACAUCUCUUAAAGUUCUUGUGAAUAAAAAGAUUAUCAGUGGGGCUUUGGUAAUACAUGGUGGAAAAGAUGGCCAAGCACCAAAAUCAGGGUUUUCUCCAGUUGAUGACUGUCCUCAAGAUAGGUUUGGUAUGUACAAUGGAAAUACUGAGUAUGGAUCAUGUAAUAAAGUCAAAUGGAAUGAAGGGGGCAAUGGCAUGUCAUUUGAAUCAUAUGGAAUACCAAUAUUUGCUCUUUACAAUCAAACCGAAAUAAAUGAACUUAUCAAGUGCUAUAGGGAUAAUAAUCAACCAAUCAAUGGCAGUGUACCAGACUACCCAUUGUGUGCAGUAGAGCUGAAGGACUUCAUGUUUGCAGCAAAAGACACUCCUACGUGUAUUAGAAAAUCAAAAGUACCCAACCCCACCCAAAAUCAGUUUUGUGAUCCUCUUGGUGACUACAAUGUAUGGGGUACACUUUACCCAAUGGARGAAGAACCAAAGAAAGGAGACAUUGUUGUAGCAGCAGCCAAGCUUGAUUCAAGUUCUUUCUUCCAUGACCUUGUUUAUGGUGCUGACAAUGAYGCAUCUGGUGUUAUUGCUCUCCUUGCUGCUGCUAGAGUUCUUGGAGAUAUGAAGAGAAAUGGAACAGAAGAACCUCCCAAGAAACCAAUCAUGUUUACCUUGUUUCAAGGGGAAAGUUGGGAUUACAUUGGUUCUUCAAGAAUGGUCUAUGAUAUGAAUAAAGACAGAUUUCCAAGCAACACAUGGAAGGUUAAGUCUAAUGGAACCACAAAAGAUCUGAAGUUGAAAACGUCYCACAUUGGAUACUUCAUAGAACUCAAUCAAGUAGGCUUAGGUGAUGGGCCAUUGUGGGCACAUUCUGAUCCUAUAUCAAGAAAGACAAAAGAGGUKGACGAAAAGGUGAAACAUUUAUUUGAUGAAUUAGAAAAAGCYAGUAAGAACACUUCAGUGCCAGUAAAGGAGGCAUCAACAGAUAAAUCCCAGCCUUUACCUCCAGCAUCAUUUCAAAGGUUUUUAAGAUCAAACAAAGAGAUUCCWGGAAUUGUGCUGACAGAUCACCAGAAAGAAUUCAGUAACAAAUAUUACAACAGUCGUUUUGAUGAUGCUUACAAUGUACAAGGCAACUUCACCAGCGAUAAUGAUUCCAGGAUAUAUCUAAGCAAUACCUUUACAAAGAGGCUAACUCAUGUUGCAAACACUCUUGCCAACACAUUGUACACMCUGGCCAAUGAUGGCAAACCUCCCAAAACUGAGCUUAAAGUGAAUGAAUACUUGAUUGGCCAUCUUGUGUAUUGUUCUUUCUAUCGUGCAAAUUGUGACUUAUAUAAGGAAGCAUUUAAUACCAAAAUGGGAAAAUCUUUACCAUCUAGAGCUAUAUCAAGAUAUGUUAGUGUCAAUACAGCCAAUAAUACUCUCACUAUAGUAACGCAUAACCUGUUAUUGUACUUCACUGGAUACCAUCUAAAGACAUCAUCAUCUUGUGAAUCGCAUGGGCCAUUUACUCUGUAUAAGAUGCUUGGAAAUAGUAAUGACUCUAAAGAAAUGUGUGCAAAUGGAACUGUGUACUACUCUUUGGCUGAAUCUCCUGCAUUUGAACUGGAGCAGUAUAACUCUACAGAAUACUCGACUUGGGCUGAAAGUGUGUGGAAUGCAGAUUUGUCAGUGCGCAUGUUUCUUAUUUCUAGUCCACAACGUCAGGCUGUUACAUUAGCAUCAGGGAUUGUCAUGACACUGUUCUCGUUUGUCCUGGUGUAUUUCAUUCAUCGCAAGGCUGACCAGAUAUUUACUCCAGCACCUGGUAUCCUAGAAGACUUGGAUGCACAAAGCUGAUAGUWAAGUCUUACAGUGAACUGUCACAAAGAGCACACRYCAACUGUUUGUUGUUUGUCAACUGACUAUCCAUGUGUGAAAGUGACCUUUUAUCUAACACUUUAUGCUACUUGCUUCUGAAAGUCAUGAGUGAAACUUGGGUCAAGUUCAAAGUACAACUUGAAACUAUAUUAUUUGUUUUAAAUUUACAGAAAUGAUAGAGCUUUGAUUUACAGUGUAUAUCUUGGCAGGCAUUAGUUUACAUUAAAGAAUAAACUUGAUAGUAGACUGGGUGGGGUCUUAUGACAGAAAAGUCAAUUCUUAAAUAUUAAUUUUGUACAAAAGUGUACCAUUUGGCGUACUUAUGGAUAGUGUUUUGAUGUCUAUAUGUUGUACAGUUUUUCAUUGGCAUAUUCAGAAUAAGAUUAUUUAAUUAAAUAUACAGAUUGUUUUUCAUACACAUGAGUGUAUAUUUUGUAGCUAAUAAUGAAGUGACUUAACAUCAGUUUGAACUAGAAUGUCAUUGAAGCUCUUCACUAGAUGAAAUAAUAAGGAAGUCUCUACUAGUAUCACAUGUAGGUGACUCAUUAUAGGAUUUGAGCUACAGGUAAUAAUAGGUUACAUAGGAUUCAACGAAUUAUAGAAAGCUUUAUAAGGUAACCUGUGAUGUCAUGUUGUUUAAUAYACACAGUUUAUAUAGGAUUCAAGCAACAACUAUAUUGUACUUGGGCUGGUUGUUUGAAGGGCAAAUAGCACUAUUCACUGGAUAAAUAUUCGCUCAACAGAUAAUAAUUAUCCAUAUAAAAUGGAUAACUUCAUCCACUAUCCACAGGACCUUCACUUUGUUGUAUACAAACACUGAGAUCAUGAUACCAAACAGUUCUACAUGUGCUUGYCUAGCCCAGUGACGUUUGUGUUCUGGCAAAGUGCAUCAUGGUAGUGAUGAAAGUAUCAAGAUGGUGAAUGUCUWAAAACAGCUGUAAAGAAUGAAGUUUCCUUGCAAAACUUCUGAUAUUGGCAGUUGAGAAUCAUUCGGAAGAAAUUACAAUAAGUGACUUCUUACUUGAGUAUGUCAAAAGAAGUGUCUGUGAAAAGAACUUAUGCUCAUUGUUUAAAAAACGUCCCAAGACUAAUGCAAACUGAAUAACAUGUCAGUUUGUACUUUCAUCAACCCCAUGGUGCAUCUCAGGCUUGUCAUUAGGGGAAAGGACUAUAAAGGAUAAUAUUUUAUUCAUGCAUUGCAUGUGGACUUUAUUGUGAAUGUGUUUGACUUAUUUAAUAAUUUGUCAUUGUAAUAGGAUAAAAURUUUUUUAAUAAAUGAACAUUCAUGUA